AAUUCCUAUAUGCGUACAGCGUCUACCAAAACAUUGACUUUAAUAAGCAAUUAAAUGUGAAAUUAGCAUGCAGGAAGCUGACGCCAGUCCCAGUGGAAUGUCCGCUAGCCAGGAGACCAUCUCGAAGCGUCUGGCGGCUCUGAAUCUUUGGCAGGAGGAGCAGAAGCGGAUGCUGGCCGAGCGGCAGAACAAUCAGCGCGUCUUGCUCGGAUUAGAGCAGCGGGAUAUGUACAAAAUGCUGGGUCUUCUGCACAAAGAGGUGGAAAGCAGGGACACCAGCGUGCUGGAGGGCUCGUGGGACGACGAUCCCUCUAUUCAGAUGCCACGCCUUGCGGACUACGAGCAGCAGGAGGAGGAGGAACAGGACUUGCAGAAAAACAUGGCCAGUCCCCAGCCUGCCAAGCCCAAGCGUCCUUUCCUGCGUCGUGGUGAGGGUCUGAAGCAGCGCUUUAAAAUUAAUCCUGACCAACUACGUCUCGACAACCUGCCCCGUUACAAGUACGCCAAUUCUCAUCCCCAGUUUCGGGUGCCACAGGUAAAGAAGAGCAUCCUCAAGAAGGGACCGCCUCCACAUCCAGCAGCAGCUCCUGUCGCUGCUCCUGCUCCUCUUAAGCCACCAGCCAAAGUUGAUCUCAACGAGCAACGAUUCCAACAGGUGCUAAUCAGCUCUAAGAACGUCUGUAGUUCUACUCCGGAUCUUAAGUCUUCUUACGCAUCCUCCACAUCUGCCUCCAGCAUCUCGCCAAGAGUUCGAUUUGUAGAGCAGAAGAGCAAGGGAGGACAUGCGGAUGACGAGGCUUCCUCAGAGGCCAGUCCCUUGACGGGUGUGUGCUGGGCCAAGGUGCUGGAUACCCAAAAUAUAAAGCCCGUACCCCUAAUUCAAAGGCGCUCUGCACAAAUUCGAGUAGAGGACGAUAGCAACGUUAGCAUCUUCGAGCUGUUGGAGCAAAAGGCCAGCGAGGGGAACAUCGACAUGAAUUCGAGCUGCAUACGCACAUUCAUGGCGCGGAAGGAACACCGGCGAAACCUUGCUGAUGACACAGACCAAAUUGUGGUCACACAGCAGGUGCAGCAAAUGCGAUUGCAGCCGCAGGUAGACCAGGUACUGAUUCACGAGUUAGAUGACGAGGACGAGGCGGAGGAGGACGGAAACGAGGAACCAUCCAGUGAUCAGACUCUAACUCAUUCCAUGACGCCCAUUCAGGUGGGCAAGACGCAAGUACGAGUGCGGUUUUCUGACUCUAAUGACACCCACGAGUACUCCGAUGCCACCAGCCUUAACGAUGGCUCCAAUAUCCAACUGUUUGAGCAGUUCAAGUCCGCCCUCUUCCAGGCUUUGGAGCAAAAGAAGAAAGCGACUAGUCCGGGACAGCAGCAGGAAGAGCCACUCACUCAGGAGCUGCAGGAGAAGGCCAAUCUCGUCCGCAUCCGGCUCGAGGAACUAGAGGCUGAGAUAGCAGCUUUUAAGGAGCAAAACACCCAACUAAUGCGCUUGAAGCAGCAGCAUGAGCUGGAUAAGGCAAAAUGUGCCCAGGAUCACAUGGAGGCCAUGGAACGCGUUCACGAUGAGAAGAUCCAGGCUGAGAUAUACCUGCACGACGAGCGCAUGAAGAUCGAGGAGGAGCGACGCAAGUUUGAACAGCAGAUGCGUCUUCAAAAGAGCAAUGCCAAUACCAAGGAGAAGAAGGAGAUUGCCGCCUUGAAGCAGGAGGUGGAGGCACUGCAGCUGCAGCUGAAACAGAAGGAUCAGACCCAUGUGUCGGCUCAGGCAAGGCUUCGUGCUCAGCUGCGGGCCACAGAGAAGGAACAGCACAACUACAGGGACGAGAUCGAACUGCUGCGCAGGGAGAACAAGCGACUGGAGCAGGAGCUGGUCAAGAUAGGCCGCGAGAACAACAGCAAAAUGCUGCAAGAGAUCAAUAGAAACAUUGCAAGGCUAGCGCCCAAGGUGUUUCCUUCCACUUCCACUUCCCAACCCCUUGAUGAGAACGGACGUCGGACGCAGUCUCUUGAUGGCACUGCGCCAGGUCGUAAGCCGGCCUCAAAGCAGCGAGAGCAACCGUCAAAACGCCGCCAGAGCAGCGGUAGUAGUUGUCAAGUAAGGAGUCGAAGUCGUUCUCUUGGCAGAUCUAAAAAUAAGUCGGAGGCGCUUGAAGAGGACAGUUUCGCAUCCUCCAGUAGCUCUGGGGAGGUGGAAGAGGUUAAGGAACCACCAGCACCAGCUGGUGCAGAGAAUUCCCCCGCUAAUGCCAACUCCACCACCGACUUCAAGCGGGAGAUUGUAAACGAUGAUGGCAGCAAGGACAUUUGGUAUCCGAAUGGCAACCUCAAGAAGAUCAGUGCCUGUGGCAUGAAUAUACGCAUGCUGUACUUUAACAAAGACAUCAAGGAGACGGACAUUAGAGAGGGCACUGUGAAGUAUUACUAUGCGGAGACUAACACCUGGCACACCUCUUACCUAGAUGGUCUGGAAAUACUGGAGUUCCCCAACGGGCAGACCGAACAUCGCCGCAAGGAUGGCACAAUUGAGGUUCAUUUCCCCAACAACAGCAUCAAGAUAGUGGAUCCCAGCCAUACCGAGAAACUGGAGGAGUGGCGCUAUGCGGAUGGAACGCACUUGGUGCAGAUGCGCAACGGGGACAAGAUUCUAAAUCUGCCCAAUGGCCAAAAGGAGAUCCACACGAAACUCAAUAAGCGAAGAGAAUAUCCCGAUGGCACGGUUAAAUUGGUAUAUCCAGAUGGCAGCCAGGAGACGCGCUAUUCCAACGGACGUGUGCGGUUGAAGGACAAAGAUGGCAAGCUCAUAAUGGACACAGACUAUGCCAAGUAUUAGAAUAAGCAUUAUUUUCCCUGUGAAUUAAAUGUAGUCUUAAGAAUAA